AUCGCACUGUGGCAGCGAACCGCGUAUUAAGUGUUCGGUGCUCGUCGUUUAUAAACAUUAGAACAGUUAAAGUUAUUUACAUGAAAGUGAAUUAUGUAUGUUUAGGGAAAGUUUGCUUUCUGCAACAUGCCAUGCGCUGUCGUAUUUGCUAGAAAUGAAGCUGUGUACUUGAAGCAGUGAAGUGACACCCCUUUCAAACAAGGAAAAAUGAAGAAAGCUGCAAUCAUCUGGCUGUUCUUGCUCGCACUGAUAUCCGAAGUUCUAUGUCAGGAAGACUACAGUACGUGCUGCCAUAGUGGCCCUGUGUGUUCUUGUGCUUCCCAUAUAAAUUUUGAUGGCGAAACACAUGGGAACAUGGAUAUCAACUCCAGUGACUGUCUUGUCUACAAGAUACGAAAUGUUUCAGAAUGUGAUUCCUUCAAAUUUGAUGGCAACAUGAAUGAAAGGGAAUUAGGCUCAGUACGUUUGCAUCCAGUUGUAAUAAACUUCUCUUCAAAUCUCAAUAUGUCUUUCAUCAAUGUGAAAUGGACAAAACUGCAGUUUCGUCUGAGUGGCAUGGAGAGGAGUUGGUCUCUUUGCCGAACAAUAGAACUGAGUAAGAGAGCAGCAAAGAGGUUCAAUAUUAAGGAGUUGUUUUACAGUUGCCGACUCCUCAGUCCCAAUAUGACUGACCAAAACAUCAUGUUAGAAUACCAUGCAUCUCAUGGAACACAGGAUGAAUUUGGUAGAUUUACCUUCAGGCUGGACUCACCAAUAGACAGGUCAGUGCGCUUUACACCAAAGUGGAAAAAUAAAUUUGUGUACAUUGAAUGGCAGUUGCCAUUGCUGAUAGCUCAUUGGCAUCAUCCCUUUAGUGAAGAGCCUGCAAAAUAUGAAGUGGUUGUGAGGAGAGAUGGUAAAAUAAAACAGAAGGAAAAGUUUUUCUCUGACAAUGACAGCAGUAUUGCUGACUUGGGAAUGGAAAUGAAGUAUGAUACAAUGCACUUCCCAGGUUAUUAUAUUUUUGAAAUUACGAAGUGUGCACCACAGCAAGAUUGUGACGAUCCCAGUACAGCAACUGUCAAAAUAGCUCCUGUCUCCCGUUUGCUGCAGUAUAUCAGCCUGAGUAUUCUAUUCCUGCAGUCUGUUGUGGUACUGAUUAUUUUGUGGAUGACAGCUCAGUGGUACCGUGCAUUUUCAGGUAAACCGAAUGUAUUGGUUAUGUAUUCCCCAUCAAGAGGUGCCCAUGUGAAAGCUGUUCGAGAAUUGGUCAACUUCCUACGAGAGCAUUGUCGUAUGAAUGUACUUUUUGAUUUGGAUGAUAUAAAAGUCAGCCCAGAUCCAGAUCCCGUCCGCUGGUACACCACUUCCUUGGAAAUUGCAGAUUAUGUUCUGAUGGUUGCUUCACCACCUCCUCCAGGGAUUCCUGAUAAAUUUGGCUGUCUACAUCCGGCGUUCAACCUGGAACAUGGAGCAGGGGAAUCAUUAGUUGAUCCGGACCUUUUGUCGAUGCAGUUACUAGCACCUUGUCUAGCUAGACGACGACCUUGCGUUGUAGUUUGCCUACCACCUGGCACUACUGUCCAGCAUUUGCCACCAGAAAUCCGCACUUUUCGUACCUACUGCUUGCCCGCAAAACUGAAACCCAUGCUGCGAGCACUGCGCGGUGUUGGUACAGUUCUUCCAUGCUUGCCACCACCUCCUGGAGCAGAACGUAAUAGAGCAGAAGCCCACACUCGAGUGUGGGCUGCCAUGAAGGCAGCAGAGCGAGAUCUAAGGGAACGGCCACCCGCACCAGGGUCCCUCUCUCCCUGGGAACGACCAUGUCCAGAGCAUUCAAAUUUAUCUAAAUUGGAAAUUCCAGUAAAACAAAAAUCUCCACUUCAGAUGGAAAUUAGCCUUGAGAAAUCCACUGGUGAGCUUCCUGGACAGAGGCAGAUUGUCACUAAUAAGGCGUUUCCUGGAUGCAUUGAUGAACUUAACCUACUGAAGUCUGAUGAUGAGGAAAAGGAGCCAGAUGAGCAACAAGAAGUGCAGGAAGAGGAUAUGCAGGAUCUUUUACACGAUUUUGUCCUCUGAUUUAAAUGUGCCAUUUUUUUGCCAUUGUUUAUUCUCUUGUAGGAUAGUAGUAUCUCCCUUGUCCCACUCUUCCCCUGGCACAAAAUUUCCUUCAUCAAUAGUUUAUUUUAUCACUUGGCAACAGAUGGCUUUUUCCACUUACGUUUCAUAACUCCAAACAUUUUGUCGUAUACCCUUUGGACAGGGUGACAGAUAUCGAUAUGGUACUUAGUAUAACCAAAAAGAAAGGAUUUCACUACAUAAGAAGGGAUAAUUUAAAGAGCUUCACUGCCAGUGUGACUAAUAAUUAAGAAUAGUGCAAUGCUCACACUAGCUACCUAGCACACUAGCAUACCUAGAUCAGGAUAACAGUGUUUGACAGUAAGUUGCUACCUGGACAGAUGCCAUAGCAAUAACCAAUCAGAGAAUGAGGUAUAUCACAUCAUGUACUCGUUCCACUAUAAUCAUAUUGCGCAGGUGCCAUCAAUUACAGAUUAUGCUUGUGGCUGACAACAUAAUUGUAAGAUUUGUUUCUACUAUGAACUUAUUUUUUCUGUGUAGGAAUUUAAUUUAAUACAACUGAUGCAUUCAACUACCAGCAAGAGCAUGCAGAAAAGUGCUGAGUCACUUACAAUCCUGCAAAGCGGGUUCAAUACUGUUCAUUAAUUUGAGCUGUGUUAACAUACACAGUUCAGAACCACACAGUGGCUGCUACAGCUAUGAUAUUUUAUGCACAAGUCAUCGUGAACUGACAAUAUCUGCCCAAAUAUCACUCUGUUGUGCUCGACUGCCAGAUCACACUGGCAUUCUGAUCCAGAUAUAGAAUCUCAUGUAAAUCAGAACACCACAAUGCACAUUAAGUUUGAUAGUAGGUAUUUUCUUCAUGUCACCAAGAAAUAAUUGUAACCGAUUAGCUGUGAGGAAUCUGCCUUUGUACUGACACAUUGAACUGUUUCCUCUGAUGUUGAUUUUAAGUACCACAGUCAUUGGCAUC